CCAUCAUUGCAAAUUGCAACCAGAAAGAAACAAAAAAACCUAAAAAAGAGCCCCAAAAACGAAUUUCACAGAAAUAAGAGGGGCUGUCUCCGCAGUCUCCUCUUCCCUCUAAUAACCAAAACAAUUUUCGCUGUUUUUUUUUCACUUCCCGCUAUCCUUUCCCUCCAACCCCACCUCUUAAAAAUUUCUAUACAAAACUCUCUCUCUUUCUCUCUGUAUCUUUUUCUCUCUCUCUCUCUCUUUCUCUCUUUCUCUUUCACUGUGGAAUUUCUUCUCUGAAAGGUUUCAAUUCCAAGUUGCAAAGGCUUCUGGGGUUUAGGUUAUUGUGUGCAUUGGUGGGUUUGCUCAAAACCUUUUGGUUCUAAAGGGCCAAUGCUUGGCUAAUCUGUUUAGGGGCUGUCUCCGCUUCAAAUUGUUUACUAAGAUGGUGGGAUGAGGAAUUUGGAUGAUUGCUGGAUUGUGGAGAGACAAGGCAAAAGAAAGCUACCCCUUUCCUGGUGUAUAUAGUUUAUGUUAAAUAUCCUGGGUGGUUUAUUUAUUGAUUUUCAAACCAACCAUGGAAUGCAACAAAGAGGAGGCCAUCAGGGCUAGGGGGAUUGCAGAGAAGAAGAUGCAUGAAAACGAUUUUGUAGGGGCAAGGAAGAUUGCGAUGAAGGCUCAGCAGCUGUUUCCUGGGCUUGAGAACAUGUCUCAAUUGCUUGCAGUCUGUGAGGUUCAUUGCUCUGCAUUGAUAAAGGUUAGCAAGUCAGAUUUGGACUGGUAUGGAAUUCUUCAGAUUGAACAAUCAGCUGAUGAGGGGACCAUCAAGAAACAGUACAGAAAGCUAGCACUGUUACUUCAUCCUGAUAAAAAUAAGCUUGCUGGUGCAGAGGCCGCAUUCAAGCUAGUUGGGGAAGCACAUAGGGUCCUCUCCGACCAGGCAAAGCGUACUUCAUUUGAUAAGAAUUAUGCAUCUUCAGCGAGGACUGCCGAAUCAAGGCCACCACCCCAUCAGUCAAAUAGCAAUUUGUUUGUCAACAGACAGUCAUGGGCUGACAAUAAUCUCCAUAAACCUCCUCAUCCGCCUUACACUAAUUUGAAUCCUAUUCACCAGGCACCCCUAUUCCAGACAUUCUGGACAUGUUGCCCCCACUGCAGUACUAGGUUUCAAUACUACAAAGGUUCUGAGAAUAAACUCUUGCGAUGUCAGACUUGCUCCAAAGCCUUCAUUGCCCAGGAUGUGGGUACUCAAUAUGUUCCAGUAAGAACUCCCUGGGGUCAGUUUCCCAAUCAAAAAGUAGCUUCAAAUCAGGGGCCCUCAAAAGUAACCUUAAAAUGCAAUGGUGGAAAUGUUUCCAAUGUGAGAUUUCCGGAUAGAUCUGCUGGGUUAGAUCCAAAGUCAAAGGCAGGAAACACUGCUGAGGUUCGUGGGGGUUCUAAAGCAGAAGUGAAAGCAGAUGGGCAUGUGGGGAAGAAAGGUGUUGAGAUGACCAAGUCUAACACAGCAAAGGCUCAGAAACCAGGAUCAUCGAAAAAUGUGAGCAGGAAGAGAGGGAGGAAGUCAGCUGUGGAAUCCAGUGAAAGUAAUGAGACUGGAGGUAGUGACGACAAUGAAAAAGAUGUGGGUAUUCACCAAAAUGGUGGUAAUCCUUCUGGACAGAAUUCUGGGAACCAUAGGAGAUCUUCAAGGCAAAGGCAAAAGGAAAAUAUUUCUCACCAGAAGAAUCUAAAUGAUGAUGAUGAUGAUUUUGUGAGUCCUCCAAAGCAGAAUUGCAAAUCAUCCAGGAAAAGUGUGAAGCAAAAAGCAAGUGCCACUGAAGAGAGUUUGCCAAACAAAAAGUGCAAAAUGGGAGAAUGUGAUGUAAAGACAGAGGAAGAGGGUAUGCCAGAUCAGGAUGACAGAAAGUCUGAAGUUGAUGAUAGAUCUGGAUUGAAUUCUAAUGUUGCAUCAGAUGAUGUUGCUAUUCAAGUUCCUGAUCAAGAGUUUAGUGAUUUUGAGAAGGGUAAGGAAGAAAACUGCUUUGCUGUUAAUCAAAUGUGGGCUAUAUAUGAUACAUUAGAUGGUAUGCCAAGAUUUUAUGCCCGUGUCAAGAAAGUGUUCUCCCCUGGUUUUAAGCUGCAGAUCACUUGGUUGGAGGCCAAUCCAGAUGACCAAGAUGAGAUUGAUUGGUGUGAUGGAGAAUUGCCUGUUGCUUGUGGUAAGUUCAAACUUGGUAACACUGAAGAAGCCGUUGAGCGUCUUAUGUUCUCUCAUCAGAUGCAUUGCAUAAAAGGCAGUUGUAGAGGUUCAUACUUGAUAUAUCCUAGAAAGGGAGAAACUUGGGCUCUUUUCAAAAAUUGGGAUAUUAGAUGGAGUUCUGACCCAGAAAAGAAUACGCCAUUCAAAUUUGAAUUUGUGGAAGUCCUUUCAGACUUUGUUGAUGGUUUUGGCAUUUACGUGGCAUAUUUGGGCAAAGUGAAGGGGUUUGUUAGCCUUUUCCAGCAAACUAAGCAGCAUGGAAUUACCUCUUUUCAAGUACCACCUAAGGAGCUGUAUAGAUUUUCACAUCGAAUUCCAUCAUUCAGAAUGACUGGUGGGGAAAAAGAAGGUGUUCCCAAAGGAUGUUUUGAACUCGAUCCUGCUGCUCUGCCCACUGAUUUCAAUUUGUAUGAUGAUCCCAAUGUUGUGAAGAUGGAAAAUGGACGCAUGGAUGCUGAAGUCAGUAAUUUGUGUUGUAAAUCCUCAGAAAAUAAAAUGGAACAUGUUAUGGGUUCUGACACAUCGAUGAAGCAUGAAGGGGAUGACCAAGGGAGAGAGACCACAAUGCAUGAAAGAUUUCCAAGACAAUCAAAUGGAACACAUACAAAUAAUGUUCAAGUAGAUGCAAGCAAAUGUAAAACCAAAGAGGAUGAUAGUAAAGAAAAUUGUGACCUCACUCAGCCCAAAGGAACUGCUACUUCACAUCAGGCUGAUAAGAAGAUCAACACCCCAAAGAAGCAUGAGAAGAAGAAAGAUAUUGAACAAGUGUCCUUAAAUCCUAGAAGAUCGCCAAGGGACUUAAGCAAGAAAAAUGGUCUGAUAAAUGGACUCUCUACGAAUGAGGGAACUGUUAAGCAUUCAGAUGCCAACAUAGGCGAAAACUGUGGCAGCUUCACUAAGUCCAAAGGUGGUGCUUCUUGUCAGUCUGAUGAGAAAAUGCAGUUGCCUGUGAAGGACCAUUCUUCCAGUAGUUUGACAAAAAGCCCCGGUGAGUGCUAUGACUUUUAUGGAGAAAAAUCAGAAGAGAAGUUUCAGCUUGAUCAGAUAUGGGCUAUAUAUGUUGAUAAGGAUGGGAUGCCUAAGAACUAUGCUCAAGUUAAGAAGAUUGAAUCCACACCUAACUUUAGAUUGCAUGUGGCAUUGCUUAAACCCUGCUCACCGCCAAAAGACACUAAUCAGUCAGUUUGUUGUGGCAUGUUUGAGGUAAAAAAUGGUAGGACUAAGGUCCUUACCCGCAUAGAGUUUUCUCAUCGUUUAACAGUUGAACGUGUUGGUAAGUAUAGAUACAAAAUUUACCCUAGAAGAGGUGAGGUUUGGGCGUUAUACAAGAACCUGAACUUAGAGGUGACAAGUUCUGACAUUUGGAAGGGAGAAUGUGACAUAGUGGAAGUACUAGAAGUCAAUGACAACAGCACAGAAGUUGUGGUUUUGUCACCUCUUAGUGGGUUUACAUCUGUUUACAGGUCUCCAAGAAUCCAGAGGUCAAAAUCUGGUGUCAUUGUUAUACCGCGGGAUGAGAUUGCCAGAUUCUCUCAUCAGAUUCCUGCUUUCCAGCACUCGGGGGAAAAAGAUAUUCUCCUGAGAGGCUGUUGGGAGCUUGAUCCCAAAGCAGUUCCUGGUCUUGUAAUUUGUUUAGACUGAAUCAGCAAUGUGGUACAUUGUAUCCAUCCUAGAUUCCUAAAUUUAUUAUAACCAGAAGAAGCUUUGUGUCACAAUGAUCUCAGUGACAAAUGAAAUGAAGUUUAGAGAAGCUUUAGUUUGAUUCUUCAAUUUUUAUGUCUGAAACCAUGAAAGGGUUCAGAAGCUAUCCUUUUCUUCGGAGUCCAGAUUUGUCACACAGGAGGUGGUUUUGUUGGUCUUUCUGAGAUACCUUUUUGGCUUUUCCUUUUCCUCAAAUUUUUUUUGGCCGUGCAUUGUAGCUUGACCUUUUGGGUGAAGUAAGGCUGACUGGACUAUUAGCUGAAUUUGCCAAGAUGUAACUCCCAACUGUAAAUUCUGGAUAUUUGGGACGAUGCAGUAUUGAAUGUGCCUGUUACUAGAGGAACUUCGGAAACAAAUUAUGUUAACUGAAAAUUGGUUUGUUA